GUUCAAUACGUUAAAGUAGUAAUUCGUUUUAACUCAUUCAAAGUAAUUGUUAAGAAUAUGUCUGCAUCAAGAAAAGAUUAUUUAAAGAACUGGAGAAAAUUAAAUAAAUCAGUUUUAGAAGAAACUCGAGAAACUGUGGAUGUGUGUAACGUCAACUGUGCACCACCUCAAGAAGAAGAAGUUAGAGCUUAUUUUCAUUCUAGCAGUCAAAGUUGUAGUAAUUUACGUGUGGAAGAAAAUAUGGAAGUACGGUCGAGCGAUUCACCUGAAUAUUUAUCCGACAGUUCUAGUGACAGAAAUUCUUUUAAUUCAACCACCAGUAGAGAAAACCUCUCAGGAGACCUUGCAUCUUGGUGUCUAGAGUUUAAUUGUUCUCAAGCAGCUAUGAAUAGUUUACUCGAUAUACUUCGAAAACAUGGUAACAUGCUACCCAAAGAUGCAAGAACUCUUUUAAAAGUACCACAAGAAGUUCAGUUCAAAAGUCAGUGUGUUCAAAAAUGUGGUGGCACAUAUUACUAUUUUGGAUUAGAAGCUGGUAUCAAAAAAAAUUUAACAGGUUCUGAAAGUGAAAUAUCGCUUAGUUUUAAUAUUGACGGAUUACCUUUAUUUAAAUCAUCCAAUACUCAAUUUUGGCCGAUUCUUUGUGAAGUUGGUGGUGGAAAGAUUUUUAUUGUGGCAAUAUACACAGGGGAACAAAAACCAUCAAGUUUGGGUGUGUUUUUAGAUGAUUUUUUAAAAGAAUUGUGUUGUAUAAAAUUAUCUGGUAUAACAAUAAAAUCAAUUGUGUUGUAUAAAAUUAUCUGGUAUAACAAUAAAAUUGUACACACUGUUAAAGUUAGAGCUUUUCUAUGUGAUGUCCCAGCAAGAUCUUUUUUAAAAGGGACUGUUGGUCAUACUGGAUAUUUUUCCUGUGAAAGGUGCAUUAUUAAAGGAUCCUGGGAAGGUAGGGUUGUGUUUAAUAAAGAGCAAGAAUUUCGCAAGCGAACAGAUGAAGAUUUUAGCUGCCAGUCAUAUAAGAAACAUCAGAAAUAUAAGUCUCCUCUUAUAGCUGCUGGUAUCAAAUGUGUUUCUGGAUUCUGCCUUGACUAUAUGCAUUUGAUAUGUCUUGGGACUGUUAAAAGAAUUCUGAAAACCCAAGAUAUUAUAACAAAAUAAAUUGUAAUCAAAUUUGUUUUUAGAUUGAAAGGCUGAGUAAAAUUGGAGGUGCCAACAUAGGUGACUGUACUCGAACGAUUAUGCGAUGAUAAAAAUGCUUUGUUUGUUGAUUAAGAAUAAAAAACAGCUUUAAAAACAUUUAUUUGUAUUUUUACAGCUAAAUUGCUAAUCAGAAUUCUCAUGUGACCUGCUAUCAGGGCUAAUAUAAUGCUAAUAAGAAAUUAAGUUCUCCUUAGGAACUUUUGUAAUUAUCAGUUUUUUAAUUGUAUAUUUACCUCCUGAUUUUUUAGUAUGUUGGAUUGUUUUCUCAUGAGAAAUUUUAACAUGGAUGGGCAGAGAGGCGGAAAGAGAAGUUUUAAAGAAACCAAUCUUUAUAAAUGUGUGAUUAGGUCUGUCCUAGAAAGAUAUCCAAAGGAAUCAGAGAAGACAGUCCAUCAGUUUAUUCAGGGCGUGUUGAAAAACGCACCAGCAUCACGAAAAUCUGAUUGAACAUAUUAUAAUUUAGUUUUUGUUGUUGAUGGCGUGAAAUAUAUUUUUGGUAGUAAA